GUUUUUAUCUCCUAUCUUUUGAACAACAAUAACAAAGCACCAUCCAUUGCUAUUGGAACAGUAGAUAUUUCAACGACAAAUCAAAGGUUAUUGGAUUGAUAAAUUAGCAUUUUUAGUAUCUUUAGUAUCUUGGUACCUAUUACUUAUAAUCAGUAGAGUAGAUUAGUAUUCCAACAUGAUGAGAGUUUAUUCUGUGUCUAAAGUGUAUGCAAAUGCUUGUGAAGAUAGACCAAGAGAAUACUGGGAUUAUGAAGAUCAUAAAAUAUUUUGGAGCAACAUAUCGAAUUAUGAGAUUAUAAGCAAAAUAGGGAGAGGAAAAUAUUCAGAGGUGUUUGAUGGAAUCAAUAUUUUGAAUCAACAGCCAUGUGCCAUUAAAGUGUUAAAACCAGUGAAGUUGAAAAAAAUUUUCAGAGAAGUUAAAAUUUUACAAAACUUAACAGGUGGAAAAAAUAUCGUUGGAUUGUUGGAUAUAGUUCAUGAUCCUAAUUCAAAGAUUCCUGCGUUAAUAUUUGAACAUGUCAACAAUAUUGAUUUUAGAGUGUUGUAUCCUAAAUUUCAAAUCAUUGAUAUUAAAUAUUAUUUUACACAGCUAUUAAUUGGGUUGGAUUAUUGUCAUUCGAUGGGGAUAAUCCAUAGAGAUGUCAAGCCGCAAAAUGUUAUGAUCGAUCCAAUCAAAAGAAAAUUGAGGUUAAUUGAUUGGGGGUUGGCAGAGUUUUAUCAUCCUGGAACCAAUUAUAAUGUUAGGGUGGCUUCUAGGUAUCAUAAAGGACCAGAAUUGUUGGUUAAUUUACAACAGUAUGAUUACUCGUUAGAUCUAUGGUCAGUUGGGGCAAUGUUGGCGGCUAUAAUAUUCAAAAUCGAGCCCUUUUUCAGGGGAAAUUCCAAUCCUGAUCAGUUAGUUAAAAUCACCAGAGUAUUGGGUACAAACAAACUAGAAUUGUAUUUGAACAAGUACGGAAUCGACUUGGAUCAGGAAACGUCGAGAUUGAUAAGUCCCUGCAAUGAAAGAAGCUGGCAAAGUUUUAUCAAUGACAACAAUCGAAAAUUUACUACAAACACAGUGAUCGACCUCAUCGACAAUUUAUUGAGAUACGACCACCAAGAGAGAUUGACAGCCAAAGAAGCCAUGGAGCAUCCCUUUUUCGAGGGCACACCCACAUUCUAGGAGCCAGGGUAUAUAGCAAGACAAUGUAGCAAGAAUGGAAUAUAUAUUCAGCAAUUGUGAGGCGAGUGUAGAGGAUGAGCUGAACAUCACAGCAAUCGCAGUCCUUUGGAGUGGUGGAAAAGGAAAACUGUUGUGCUUACGUUCUGUCAGGUGACGAAAAGGAGAAUGAAGCAAGAUAAGAGGAAGAAGAGGAAGGAGAGGAAGG